UUGCGUCGCUUGAAUUCCGAAACUACCGAAACUGUGCAUCAAUGGCACUUUGGUAUUUUAUUUUGGAUUUCAUAGCCUGAUCAUGUCGCAGGACACAAAGUUGGCCGACGCUACCCCUGAGGCAUGCUUCAGAUGUGGACUGUGUGCAAAGAGCUUUUCUGGCCCUGCACCUUACAUACAGCACAUGCAGAGCAGCAAGCACAUCAAACAGAAGGAAAAACAAGACCUCCUCAACCAUGUCGCUACCAAGGAGCAGACUUCACUUCCUCCUUCGCCUCCAGCAUUACCUGCAAUGGGAGAACUGAAGUCAGUGACACCGCCGCCUGUUCAGUGUGGAAUUAAUACGGAGGCAAUCAAUUAUAUCAAGUGUGAUAUUUGCCAGGCCCCAUUUACAGGGCCCGAAAACGCGAUUCAGCAUUAUUCUGGGAAAAAACAUCAAAAGGCAGUGCAAAAGCAGAUGCUUCUCAAGCAGAUUCAAAGGCCACCACCUGUAUGUACGGAAAACUUGCAGCAGAAUCAGUCGGUGGGCAACCUUUCGCCCAACACGAGGGAGGAGCCUUCAAGCGUCAUGGAGGAAAAGGCCGAAAAGAGCUCAGACCUCGAAUGGGGCACCACGAGCUUUGAGAUGGAAGAUGGACCUGAGCCUCAGAAAGUAACCGUACGAUACGCAGAGGGGUAUGGGUGUAAGUGCUGCGGUGUUUUAUUGUUUGCUGACUUAGCGUCAGCAAUAGAGCAUUAUGAAAGCGAUUACCACCAUGCAAAGAAAACGCCCUAAUAAACGGGGGUGUAAAGCUAGAGAUAAUGCAUUUCUCGAAUGGCUGGGCCGCAACUUGUCCAAAUGUUACUGACAGCAAAACCUGGAAUGAAACCCAGAAUUGACUCUUCCUAGCGUCCCUAAUUCUGAUACAAUUUUUCAGCACCUGACCUCGAUUAAUGGUACCACGGAACACUGUGUCUUACAUUCUUGCCUGCACAAAGAGGAGGGCACAGGCAGCAGCAGCAGAGAAUCUUCCCUGCGAUUUUUUGUUGUUGUAUGUAUGAUAUACUUUUUGUUAGGCAUUUUCCAAAGACGUUUCUUUUUAAUAGAGCAGCUGACAGGGGGGAAGCACAAGGGUGAUUAGCCACAGAGACGGUGCACAUCAGGGGCAUCAGGAGGUGUUAACAGGGGUGACGGUGACCCUCUCUGAGACAGAUUUUCCGAGCACACCCCCAAAUAACUUGCAACACCCCUCUGAAAUUCCAGCCAAAACAGAGACCGAAAGGCCAGUGGACACAGGUUUCACCCCCUGCAGAAUUCCAACACCCCCUUCGGAUGAAAAUCUCGUGCAAAUCCCUGCUCCUUGAGGUCAGGCUACCAGGAAUUCAUCCUUUCUACCUUUCAUGCAUGACAUUGUGUUAGGUUUUCUGAUAUUCCACUUUAUAAGGUAGAUUAGUGCAGGAUUUGUGUCUUCACUUGCACAAAUUUUGAUUGUGGCGUGUUUAACAUUUCGAAGGAUGUGUUAUUUUGUGGAAACAUGUUUCGUGGUACUGUCACUAUCCCUCUGACAAAAAAAAUACACUCCAAACUUAUCUAUUUUUGUUGUUCACGUUGAGGAACAUUGGCGGCACAGUCGAGCGGGUUAAAGUGUCCACUCGUUGGUGGUAGCCAAGGUCGUGUCAAAGACUGGGAGGUGAUAUGGGUUCAAAUCCCGGCACAGGUUGUGCUAUCUGAGGUUUUCCCUGGGUUUCCUUGCAGACUUUCCAGACAAAUGUCUGCACAGUUUCCCUUGAAGUCGACGUAGAACUCAGUUAACCCCCCUGUCCCCCACUCCUUCUUGCUGUCUUCUCUCCAUCUGCCCAUAUGGGUCCUUCGGGUGUAUUAAAUGAAAUGAAAUGAAAAUCUGUCCACUCUCUGUAUGUAUGCCGCUCACAGUCGCGGUUGCUCCGAGGUGCUAACACGAAACUUAAAAAAAAGACAACUCUGACACAAAGACUAGUUAUUUCGUACGUAUUAUUAACUGAAUGAUGAGUAAAAGCUGUUCAAAUGAGUAGUGAAAUAACAUGUUGGAUUACUCAAAACUAUGCCUCAAUUAACGCCAUGAAAAGUCGGUGUUCUGCAGAGCAGCAUAACCUUAGAGGCUCAACCCUGUCCGUUUUCAUGACGUCAACCUUACCCACCGGUCUUGUACGUAUGAGUGGUCUCUCCGGUAUUUUCGGAGCAUGUUGAUGGACAAAGGUGGAUUGAAGGACUGAGCUGGGCAAAAUUAAUCCACAGACUGGCCACUGUGGUGCUGACAUGAUCGUAGUUGUCUCACGACGUAGAGGCAGGUAAUAUCCUUAUUAACAUUCUCGUACGGGUUCUGUGAUAGAACAAGGACAGCGCGGACUAAUAAAUUUUCUGCAGGUCAGCUUUGACCUUUCUUUUCUUAUUAAGAAUGCCACUUGUUUCUCGUGCAUGCCGCUGGUAGCCAAACAAAGAUUUGGAGGAGUCCAUUUGCUGCUCCCAUUGUAUAUUUCGAGUUAUUCUGCGCUGUGUAUGUAGCAUGUGUCAUUCUCUUAUGCCCAUUUUCAAUUCAAUUCAGUUCAGUAUUUAUUUUCCUAUAUUUUUUGUACAGAAAGUUUGAAACCAACAAAUCCUUUCACCUCAGCUCGCGACACCUUUGGACUUGGCGCUUCCGAUGCCCCUAAUGCACAUGCUCUCAGCAUAUUCUGCACCCUCCAAAACUUGGGGCAGUAACACAGGCUGCAUACAAUGUAAGAAGAAGCUACCCUUAUGCCAAACAUGUUUGCAUUCCAAUCUCUGUAGAAACAAUUCACCCUUUUUCUGGAUGUUAGGGGUACAUGUGCUGAGGCGAUGUCUGUCACACGAUUGUCGGAUUUUCUUUCUGUCAGUAAUGCAGUUUUAGAACUCUGUGAUCUUGGGGGUACUGUACCGCAGCACUUACACAUUUUUUGUAUAUUGGUGUGUACCAGGGCUGGCAUCUACUUUUUGCCUCCAGGGCGAGCGAGUGGUAAAUUUGUGUCCCCCCCCCUAAUUCUUGCUAGCGAACUUGUCGGGCUCAGGGGGGGGGGGGGGGGGGUAGUUUGGCACCCUGCCCCUCCAUAGAUGCCAGCCCUUGGUGUGUACAUUUCAAGCAUUGUUCACUGGUGUUAUGAUCCGGGAUCCUUGUGAUAGCGAGGAUAGCCACCUUUCCCCCUUUCUUUAUCUUGUGAUAGCAUGCUUGACUCAUACAGGGUGAGGUCUGUUUUCAGUAAUGGACGUUUGUUAUAUGGUUAAUUGCCGAAAGACGACAGACAGAUUACCCAAGCAGCACAAUGUACUGAAAGUCGAGUGCAAUAGGGGUGGCUGGGUAGGUGGAAGGCCUUGAACAGGCUCGCGAAACUAAAGAACAUUGAUAAGACACAUACCGUCCACCCCUAUUGCACUCGACUUUCAGUACAUUGUGCUGCUUGGGUAGUUCUCAAAGGAUUGCUUUUUAAGGGAAACUUCUGGAAGGUGUUGUCAGUUGCACAUAUUGUUUGUCAAGCCCACACAUCGGAUCGGCUCUGCUCAACACCUGGGAAGUGGGCCAUGUCUCCGCUGUUUCGCCUGGUUAGGUUCAACUAGCUGGUGAGAAUUCGGCAGCUUGCCGUAUCCCACGCUUUCCUCCUUUUAAGCCUAAUUAGGAAGAUCAUAUGUGGUAAUGGAACUUUGUGGGGUGAGACAUGUAUUGAACAUAUUUUUAAUUUUACGUUUGUUGUACCUGGUUCUGUAGAAUCUGUGCAACAAGCAAACAGUCGUAUGUAGAUAAGUUAGUUGUUACCUUUAUCGUGUCCUUCUACAGACACCUUUAUCAGCUUAGCGAAUUUUGUGUGGCUCGUCAGUACAGUCAUAUUUGUGAGCGUUAUGAAAAACUCUGAGGUCAUGUACUUUGUGAAAUUCUAAUCAUCACAAUGGAUGUGUACUUAUACCAGUAUGUGAAACAAUAUUUAUUUGAUAUAAAGGUGGGCAUGCAAAAGCAGCCUGCCAACGUAGUCUCCUGCUUGUCCCUCCAUCGAUGACGACAGUAAUGAAGCAUGUGUCAUAAUAAAGACCGAAAAUGUAAA